AAAAAGAGAUCCACGGCUCCAUCUGCUGGCGUUCACACCCACCGGCAAGAGUUGCGCUUCACUGAAUGCACUGCACUCCGGCACACUUGUAUUAAUUUAUUGGCUGUGAAGAGCCACGGACACUUUGUGCCCUGAUGGGGGACUCAGGAUCCAGACGAUCGACUCUAGUAUCUCGAUUGCCAAUAUUCAGGAGAAGUGUUAGCCGGAGACACGACUCUCUUCCCUCCUCACCUUCUUCUGCUAAUGCCAUUGGUGCCCACACAUCCUCCCCAUCCAGCACUAACUCCAGCUCAGGGAGCACAGGCAAGCGCCGGAGUAUCUUCCGCACUCCUUCCAUUAGCUUCCAUAACAAGAAAGGGAGUGAGCAGAAGCCUGACUCUGCUAGUCAAAAUGUUAAUGUCACAAAUGGUGCCCAGUCCUCUCUCAGCACUUUUCAAAAACUGAGCUUAGAGGAACACAUUAAAAGCAGAGGAAGGCAUUCAGUUGGCUUUGGCAGCUCACGUAGCAAGAAGAUAACAAGGUCUUUGACAGACGAUUUUGAAAAGGGAAAGGAGCCUUCAGCUAAUAAGAAUGUCUUUAUAAAUUGCAUAAGCUCUGGGAAGAACGAGGGUGAUGAUUCAGGCUUUGCAGAGGAGCAGAGCCGAUACUCUGUCAAACAUUCCACACGAAAACUUCUCCCUAAAUCUUUUUCAUCGCACUACAAAUUUUCUAAACCAGUACCAGAGAGUCAGUCAGUUUCCUCUGUGCAGCAGUCCAGGUGUUUGCUAGAGAUUAAAUCGUAUGUGGAAAGUGAACCUGUGAUCACCAAGUCCUCUCCUCCGUGUUCAGCUGAGACGACAGAGUGCAUGGGAAGCUCCUUACAGUCCCCACUGCUCUCAACUGACCUUACAGCUGCCCAGACGCCCUCUGACUUUGUUGCUCUGACAGAGGAUUCUGUUUCAGAGGCUGAUGCUCUGGCCAGCAAUGGGACUGGGGUGCUGCUUACAGAAGAUUUUGGCCACAGUGUCUCUACCUCUCAGAUCCUUAAUCCUGUUGCUGCUCCUGCGAGGGAAAUGGAUUUUGUAGAAAGUACUGGCCAUUCUACUGGUAUAUCUUGUGUGAAUCAUGCAAGCUUGUGUAGUGUUGAUUCUAGUACCUUAUUCAAAGCCUCAGCUGAUAGUCAAACAAAAGUAUCAUUGCAAGCCAAUGAACUACGUAUCAAUGAUGCCAGGCACAUAGGAGAAAUUAACUCUGGAAACGCACAUUUAGAAAACUUUGAGUUACAGCAUAGAGAAGAACCAGUGAUACCCUCUUCAAAGGCACAGGGGUUGAGUGGGGACAGAGAUAAAAGCACGCCUUCCAAGCACAGAGGGGAGACAAUUCCUGUAGUGGAGUCUCAGAUUGUUCCACAUUCUGAACCUCAGUCCUUUAAACCACAACAGGGUUAUGAAACAAACUGGUCUAAAGUUGAUCUUGCCAAUAGCUUCAGUCCAUACCGAGAAGGCAGAUUUGUUGAGAAGCGACUGAGAUCCUCUUCAGAAGGUACUGCUGGAGGCAGUCGGCUGAUCAUAAAACCAAAGGCUGGAAAUACAGAAGAUCUUAACAGCCUACGGAAGCAGAGAGCAAGCUCAUCCUCUUCAAAAAUGAACAGCAUGCUCUUGCCUCCUGUUUUCUGACAGUCUACACUGAGACCACUUGGAAGCUGAGAUUUUUGUGCCAUCUGUGGCCAGCACAUGAGGUGGAAGAUGCUUUUGAAAAUACACUAUCUGAAUGGUUUAUAAGUUACAGUGGGUGACCAGUCGACUUAAAAGUAGAAUUGAAGGUGGUUGUUUUUGUGACCUGUAAAUGUGAUCUGUGGAUCUCUGAGAAACCCCUGUGGGGUACAUCUUCAUCUACAGGUUGGGGUCAUGUUAGUGAUUAAUGCCUUAGCAGCAGUAAAGCUGCUGUCUUGACAGCAUGCAGUGAAGUGAAUGAAGGCAGUAAAUGAAAUAUUACGGAGAGGAUUUGAGUGCUCAGGGUUUCAACUGAGGUUCAGAAAAGUCCCUUAACAAAACAGCCUUUCUCUGAUACACCAAAACUGUUAUAAAAAUAUGAACCAGAUAAGCA